UAACUUCCGCUUUGUCUUCAGAGUGGCAUCUUGGGACAUGUAGUGUUUGAGGAAACAUAUAAAUACAAAGAGCGCCUCCUUCAACUUCCUCUUUACUGUGCGAGCCUGAGCGACACAGGCAAAAAAAAGCCACCAUGCCCGUUGCAAGGAGUUGGGUGUGUAGUAAGACUUAUGUCACCCCUCGUCGCCCCUUCGAGAAGUCUCGUCUCGACCAGGAGUUGAAACUCAUUGGCGAGUAUGGACUCAGGAACAAGCGUGAGGUGUGGAGGGUGAAGUUCACUCUGGCUAAGAUCCGCAAAGCUGCCAGAGAGCUGCUCACGUUGGAUGAGAAAGACUCCCGGCGUCUGUUUGAAGGAAAUGCUUUGCUCAGGCGUCUGGUGAGGAUCGGUGUGCUGGAUGAGGGAAAGAUGAAGCUUGAUUACAUCCUGGGUCUGAAGGUUGAGGAUUUCUUGGAAAGAAGGCUGCAGACACAGGUCUUCAAGCUUGGGCUUGCCAAGAGCAUUCACCACGCCCGCGUUCUCAUCCGCCAGAGGCACAUCCGUGUCCGCAAGCAAGUGGUGAAUAUCCCCUCCUUUGUGGUUCGUCUGGACAGCCAGAAGCACAUCGACUUCUCCCUGAGGUCUCCGUACGGCGGCGGACGUCCAGGCCGUGUCAAGAGAAAGAACGCCAAGAAGGGCCAGGGUGGAGCUGGAGGAGCUGACGACGAGGAAGAAGAUUAAAAAGGAUGUUUUUUGGAGCAUUGUCAAACCUCCAUGUUCAAAUCUUCAAUAAAAAAUGUUUGACCAAAAAGAAACGAA